AUGCGAUUAGCUUUCCCCGUCUUUGAGGGGGAUGGGGACGAGCGCGUUUACGCCCAGGUGGAGUUUGCUCAGAUUAAGGAGCUAGCGGAGGCGGUCAGGAAGUACGGAACAAAUGCCAACUACACCAUUUCCCUGCUUGACAGGCUAGCGCGGGAUCGAAUGACCCCCAGGGAUUGGCAGGACGUGGCCAAAGCCACGCUACCCAAUAACGGGAAAUUUCUAGAGUGGAAGGCCCUCUGGUAUGAUGCAGCUCAGGAUCAGGCUCGCCUUAACCGCAACGCCCGCGAUGCCGCGCAGCAUGCGUGGACCAGUGACAUGCUUACUGGCCAGGGCGUCCAUGCAGAGGAUCAGAUUAACUUACCCUGGGGGGUAUAUCCCCAGAUAUCCUUGCUUGCCAUAAAAGCCUGGAAAGGCCUUUCCGUAAAAGGUGAGACAGGUAACCAACUCACAAAGGUCAUUCAGGGGCCUCAGGAACCCUUCUCUGAUUUUGUUGCACGCAUGACGGAGGUGGCGAGUCGCAUUUUUGGUGACUCGGACGCAGCGACCCCCCUUAUCGAGCAGCUCAUUUUUGAACAAGCGACUCAGGAAUGCAGGAAUGCCAUAGCCCCAAGGAAGGCUAAGGGCUUGCAGGAUUGGCUCAAAGUCUGCCGCGAGCUCGGGGGCCCCCUCUCCAACGCUGGCCUAGCGGCCGCCAUUAUCUACUCACAGCGGCAGCGAAGCUCGGAUCCCUCCUGGGACCGCACCUGUUUUAAUUGUGGGAAGCGAGGACACGUUAAGCGUGACUGCAGGGCGCCGCGGGCGACCCCCUCUCUGUGUCAGCGCUGCAAGAAGGGCAAUCACCCCGCCGACCGUUGUCGGUCCAUCCGUGACAAUACGGGGCGGCUCCUCCCACCUCUAAUCUCGGAGGAGCCAAAAAACGGGAGGCGAGGCCCAUGGUCUCAGGGCCUGAACAAGUAUGGGACCAGGUUCGUUCGGGAGGCUCAGGAACAGCAACCCAGUGCAGAGUCACCCAACUGGACCUCCGUGCCACCUCCUCCCUCACCAUAACCCCUGAUUCAGGAGUCCAGCCUGUUCCGGUAGCACCCGUGCAAGAAGCCCCUCCUGGAUGCAUUGGCCUUUUAGUGGGAAGGACAACCCUCGCAAAGCUGGGUCUUAUAGUUUACCCAGGUACACUAGAUGUCAGAAAACCGAGCAUUCAGGUUUUAUGCUCCUGCCCGACAGGCACCUUUGUAAUUAAGGAAGGGGACCGUGUCGCGCAGGUGCUCCUCUUCCCGGCUGGUUUUGAGGACCCUAAACGGAGAGGCCCCUUGGAAAUCCCCGCCACGAAUCCUGUGCAAGCUUACCUAGUCAUGGACCUGGCCAAGAGACCUAAACUGACCCUUUCCAUUCAGGAGAACAUGCGGCUCGUCGUCCGGUGCCGACCCUGCGGGUUUGCAAUGAUGAUCCUGCUGCUGACUGUGCAACCGACGGAGGCCGGAUUGGGCCGGCCAGCUGACCCUACACGCCUCCUACAACAGCUGUAUGGGACCCCGUGCAACUGUCAGGGAGGACAAUCUUCGGUGACCCCAACGAGCUACACGCAAACCGUGGACUGUGGGACUCUGACUAUAUAUCUCGCCACGCGGCCCAGUGCUCGGGGCGGGCUAACCCA